CUGCGUCCGGGUCAAGGCUGUAGCCUUCGCCGCCGCCGCUGCUGCAGCUGCGGCCAAGAGACUGGGCCCUUGUCUCCGCCGCCCACCGAGAGGAGCAGGCUCCGCUCGGCGCCACCUUCUGCGACCUGGCAGUCAGCCCUACGUCGCCGGCCUGGAGAGGUGGAGAGGACGAGGGGGCCGCGGCUUCCUCUGGGGACGUUGGCUCUCUGGAUUAUCAGGAGCUUGUAGUUGACAUUGAGGCCCGGCUGAGAAUGGAAGGUGUGGAACUUAAGGAAGAAUGGCAAGACGAAGAUUUUCCAAUACCUUUACCAGAAGAUGAUAGUAUUGAAGCAGAUAUACUAGCUGUAACUGGACCAGAGAGCCAGCCCGAUUCACUAGAAGUUAAUGGCAAUAAAGUACGAAAGAAACUAAUGGCCCCAGACAUUAGCCUGACACUGGAUCCUAGUGAUGGCUCUGUGUUGUCAGAUGAUUUGGAUGAAAGUGGGGAAAUUGACUUAGAUGGCUUAGAUACACCGUCAGAGAACAGCAAUGAGUUUGAAUGGGAAGAUGAUCUUCCAAAACCCAAAACUACUGAAGUAAUUAGGAAAGACUCAAUUACUGAAUACACAGCAGCAGAGGAAAAAGAAGAUGGACGGCGCUGGCGUUUGUUCAGAAUUGGAGAACAGGACCACAGGGUCGACAUGAAAGCAAUUGAGCCCUAUAAAAAAGUUAUCAGCCACGGAGGAUAUUAUGGGGAUGGAUUAAAUGCAAUUGUUGUAUUUGCUGUCUGUUUCAUGCCUGAAAGUAGUCAACCUAACUAUAGAUACCUGAUGGACAAUCUCUUUAAAUAUGUUAUUGGCACUUUGGAGCUGUUAGUAGCAGAAAACUACAUGAUAGUUUACUUAAAUGGUGCAACAACUCGAAGAAAAAUGCCCAGUUUGGGAUGGCUUAGGAAAUGCUAUCAGCAGAUUGACAGAAGGUUACGGAAAAACCUAAAAUCUCUAAUUAUUGUACAUCCCUCUUGGUUUAUCAGAACACUGCUGGCUGUUACAAGACCGUUUAUUAGCUCAAAAUUCAGCCAAAAAAUUAGAUACGUCUUUAAUUUGGCAGAACUAGCGGAACUUGUCCCCAUGGAAUAUGUUGGCAUACCAGAAUGCAUUAAACAAGUUGAUCAAGAACUUAAUGGAAAACAAGAUGAACCAAAAAGUGAACAGUAAGUUUGGCAUCUAAUCCUAACAAGACAGAAGAAUGUGCCCAUGAAGCAAUGCUCCUGGUUUUCUUUUUUUUUUUUUUUUGCAUUUAUAAUGCAUUUAUUGACCCUAUUUUUAUGUAACAAACUACAAAGUUGACUUGACUUCUUCCUAAUGGACUUUUGUAAAAGAGACUGUUCACUGCUGUAUUGGUUUGCAAAUCUCUUGAAUUUAGCUCUUUAAUAGCUAAUUGUAUUGUAAUCAUUUUAUAUUUUAUUUUACAACAUCAGAACCACACUUUCUAUAAAGCAGUUUUGGCAUUCGUUUAUUGAAUGAUGCAUCUUCUUCAGUAAAAUAUUUAUAAGCAUAAAUGGUAAAGGAAAGAGAUAAUAUAUAUUUUUAUGUUUUUAAGCAGUAUUUUUUAAUGUAUAACCUGUCUUGUGGACAAAUAGGCGGAUAAAUAAGACCUUGAUUUUGUAAAGUACAUGUUAGAAAUUUUGUUUUUGUAAAUGGUUAAAUACAUUUCCUGGGUAACUUAGAAAAUUAAGUUGCUCAUAAGUGAGAGACAGUUAAACUGGGUCUCAUGAAUACCCAAAGAUCCUUUUGUUUAUGUACAUAAUCCAAGUAGAUUAGUACUAUCCUAAUUUUUUUUCACUUAAUGUAUAUUGUACAUUAAUUCAGAAGCUCAAAUACAAGGGCAUUGCACACCUUCCUUUUUUAAACUUAAAGAUAAUUCAAAAAGCCAUCUUUGGAACUAAGAGAAUUUAAGAGACUUGGAAUUGGAGAGUGUAUAUAUGUAUAAAUGGAACAUUUUAUCUUCUGGCCAGAAGUCAGAACUUCAUAAAAAUCUUAGGUUUGUUCACUAAUGUGAAAUAAGCUGUGUGUCCAGGGUAUCACUCCCCUGAAUUGGUGUGAGUGCCGUGUAGUAGUACAGGGAAUGGGAUGAGUUAUUUACUGUCACUACUUUUCUGUAGAAAACAAGGGCUGCUUUUUAAACUGCUCUCAAGGCGGGCACUUUACCAAAAUACUUCCAUAUCAGUUCUUGUAAAUGGUAGAUGUUUGACCUAGUCAGAUAUGGUGUGUUUUCACAUUUCUGUUGAAUCAUGUUUGACAGUACUAUAAAUUAGGCUAACUUUAUAAGUCUUAAAGCAUCAUUAUAUUGUGCUGUGUUUGAUGAUAUCCCUGAAAUAAGCACGUAAACUCCCUGUUUAAUUUGGUAAGUAUCUAAACUUUACACUGAAAUAAAUUAUACUUGUGCUUCCAAA